AAUUUAGCGAAGAUGAAACAGAUUAGUGAUUUGCACAAUAAUAGCUAUGAUUAUUGGAACAUGCAGAAAUAUUUAAACAAAAUGUUUGAAUGUAUACCUAACGAUCAGGAAUUAUUUAAUAAGAACUUUAUUUUAUUGCACAUAAAUUGUCAUACUCAUAAUGGGGAGCAGUUUUAUUUUCCUGCUGAAAUCGCUGCACUGGAAUUUAAUUUAUUAAAUGGUGUCUCUCGCACAUAUCAUCAAAUUAUUGGUCUUUCUAAAAUUUACCCAAGAGGUUUUGCUGGAGGUAUGAGACAAUUUUCUGACGAAUUUCAUCAAAUUUCUUGUUGGCACGAACAUCCAGACGAUUAUCAAAAUAUACUAUUGGAAUUUACAACAUUUUUAAAGGAUGGAACCACCUAUACAGAUUUACAGGAAGGCACACUGGACCUUCCUUAUGUAUACACUGUAGAGUCAGACAUUGAUGUAGAUAUGAUGAAAACUAAAAGUAGCUUGGAAAGACUAUACUCCACAGCUUUUCCGGAAGUUGAUGCUGAACAUAUUAAGUGUAUAUUCAAAAUAGGGAGUCUUGAGAGAUUAUUGUUGGAAAUCAAAAAAAAAGUGAACUUACACUUGGAUCAACGUAAUUUAAGACCAGGGAUGUCAGUUCAUGACAUUUUAAAAUCUGAAAUGUAUGGGCUUGGUCUCGGCUGUAUGUACCACGAAAUUAGAGAUAUUGCAUUCAAAUGUUCCAAAGCUCGCAUUCUUCAGUGGAUGUCAAAUAUUUGCAUCCACAUAAAUACAUUUACUGGCUUACAGAUUGUACCUGGCAAACACAUUGCAGUUCAAUUAAGAGAUGGUUCAAGAAUGAUUAUUGAAAAUGCAGAUUUGCCUCUCUCAAAACAAGAUCUAAAAUUAGAAAACAUAAAUUAAUUUUUAUUUUCUUCAAUUACAUUUUUAAAAUUAUGUAAUAUUGUAUUAUUGUAAUACAA